CGCGUUUGCUUGCACCUUUGUUCGCUUAAUCGUACUUGUACUCACGCCUGUUUACCCUGCUCCUUGCGACCGCUGCGUGGCUGUAAGAAUAUCUAUACCUAUAGGCUUGAAGAGUUACGCCUGGCCGCUGCGACGCGCGGGCUUCCCUGCAAUCCCGAUAUCUCUCCAUCCGGCCGCCGAGGCCACAAAUCUCGUCCUCACGAGCCCUUCGAUUUCCUGCGAGACCUUCGUCCUUCGUUGCGGAAACCUGCCUCUCGAUACAGGGUUGAACGAAUCGCUAGAUUCCAACAUCAAAACCACAUCCCUUUUUUAAAUAAGAAAAAAGAGCACACAUGGCUAGCUAGCCCUUGAGAAAAAUUGCUGGGUGCGGCAGAAAGUCGUGGUAGCUGAAUAGAAAAGCACAUGUGUGAACGCACCUAGUUCACUACAACAAUAGUAAGUGAAUGGGCUGGUUCGAAUAGUAUACGCAAGAUGUUAUUGUCUUUUCUGCCCAUCAUGCGUUUGACAGUGCCAUGCGGUGCGCACACAGUCCUCCAAGUCUUCCAUUACAGCGACUCUUCCAGUACAUGGUACACUCUUGUUGGUCACAUUGUAUGGAGGACUGCAGGCUUGGAUUGUAUUCUUACUUCUUUGCCUCACUCAAAAUGGCACCACCGAGAGCAUAUGGUUCUUUGUGUCCUAAUAGUGUUCUUGAUGUCGACUUGUGGAAGCGAUUCUAUGAAGAUGAGGACAUCACAGCUGACGUUCCACCACCAGCAAAGAAUCCACCAGCAAUGUCGACCACCAAACCCAUCAGUCUAUCUCCCUCCGACACGGAGCAAGCAAUCUCUUACUUGUUGGACCAAUCCAUUGAAACCAUUCUGCAUGACAUACUCCUCGACAUACAUCAGGAAGAGAAAAUAGCUCGUAUGCAAACAGCAGUCGUCGAGAUCGAGCAACGUGCCGAGAAAAUGGGCAAGAAACUAGCCGAAGACGAACAAAAUGGCGAAGCCCCCGAUGAGGGAGAAGUCAUUGAAACAGACGCUGCCGUGCUGCAAGGCUCACAAGUCCAACUCAAAGGCAACCCAAUGAAGACCGUCAAGUACAUCAGAUGUCCCAAUUGCCGACUUCGUCGACUUCUGUAUCCGAGAGUCGGCUUCAACUCGCGUCCCGUCCCGGACCCAAAUGAACAGUACUGUAAAACUGAACCUAUGAUCAUUCUCGACAAGCAUGACGUCCACGGUCAACGCAAGAAAGGAGUCAAAAUGAAGGGACAAGCAAAAGGCAAGAACAAGAAGAAGAAUGAACCCGCAUCGCCGGCUUCUGAAAAUUCCGACCCACUCACCCCUGCUUCGGGCCAGCCCAACGACUCUUUUGAGUUCAAAGAAAUCGACUUUCCGGCUGCGAAAUGCCCGAACCGAGAAUCUCAUCUUGGCGACCACUGGAAGUCCGUCAACGUCUUCGCCACGCACCUGAACGGAAGCUGUUAUCUCAAAAAGGACCGUGCUGCCGGUAGAGAAGCAAAUGCAAAGAUUGGCGGUACGCCACGAGACAGCCGAGCAAACUCGCCGAAACCGACCAGCAACGGUGUCAAGCGAAAGGCAGAUGAUGACAGUCCGGGCACUACAAAGAAAAAGCAGAAAAUCGGCGAUGGAAAGAAAGACAAAAAGGCUGGAAGUGGUCCGAGCAAGCUGCGCGAAACGAAUAACGUGGAUGAUCAAGGAGAGCAGAGUCCUCUGAAAGACGCCAGUGGUGACACGAUCCAAGUCACGCCGACGAAAGGUGCGAGAGAUGCGAGCAGCGAGCCGACGUUGAAACUCAAGCUGAAGGCUGGAGGCGGUGAUGGGACGGCGAAAAAGAAGCCCGGCAAGUCUGGUAAGAAGGCUUGAUCGAUCAUAAUGUAAAGUAGCAUCAAACUGGCAUAGCAUCUGGUGUUUCAGGAUCAUUGGUUGGACGGCGGCAGCUGUGUGGAGGCCGGGAAAGAGCCUGCAGCAAAGACAGAAUACAGGUAUUGGAUCAACGAUAGUUCAUGUUGACUUUACGUGUUGGCGCUGGACUGUAGCUAUUGAAAUCGAAU